UCAUAAAUUAUAUUCAUUCAUUCUCCAUUCUUUGGUCAUCUACCACACUCGCAUAAUCGCACCUUCUUUUUGCUCAUUAUAUAUAUGAUGAUGAUUUACAUUACAUAAGAGCGCAAGCAAUACAUACAUGCGUCAAAUAUUUAAAUAUUCAAACAUUCUCAUGAACACAAUGAAUUUUGAUAUUUCUCUUGGUCUUGGUCUUGGUCUUGGUCUUGGUCUUGGCCUCCAUGAACAAAGACAUAAACAAAGCAAGAAGAUUAAGGAGGAAGAGGAGGAGGAUCCAUGUAAUAAGGUAGAGCCAUAUUCUCUUACGUUAGGAGUUGGAUCAGCUGCUGAUAAUAUUGAUGAGAGAAAUAUUCAUCAUCAAGUAGCUACUACAACAAAGACUGAAUCGGAUGAUUUUAUUUAUAAUUUGCAUCAACGUGCCUCUAAUUCUACUAGCGUGAUGUCUUCAUUUUCCAACUCCUCUAAUAGCAUCAAGAGGGAGAGAAAUGAAGUCCAUGAGCCAGAGAAGAUUUCAUUUGUUGAUGUUGAUGAUGUAAAUGAUAACCCCAUUAGGAAGAAACUUAGGCUUACCAAAGAACAAUCUGCAGUCUUGGAGGACACCUUCAAAGAUCAUUCUACUCUCAAUCCGAAGCAAAAGCAAGAAUUGGCAAGCAAGCUGAAUCUUGGGACGAGACAAGUGGAGGUGUGGUUUCAGAACAGGAGGGCAAGGACAAAGGUGAAACAAACAGAAGUGGACUGUGAGGCACUGAAGCAUUGUUAUGAAACUCUAACAGAAGAGAACAGGAGGCUGGAAGAGGAGUUGAAAGAGCUUAAGUCCAUGAAAACCGUAAAUAAUUACAUGCAGCUUCCGGUUGCCAGUCUUACAGCUUGCCCUUCUUGUAAAAGAAUUUGCACCGGCACCGGCACCGGCACCAGCGAUGAGAAUGGCUCCUCUCACACCACGGCUUUGAUUCUAUGCCCAAAGGCCCAAAUUCACUUCUAUGCAAAUAAUAAUAACUAUACGUUCACCCAAUCUUCUGCAACUAUUGCUAGCUAGCUAGCUAGAGAGGCUAGAUGAAUACAGUUUCAUUUUCUUAUGAUUUUUGCAUACACUACUCAUUAAUUGGAUAGUAAUAUAUAAUGUAAUUCAUGAUAGCCGAUUGAAUAUAAUGAUCGGAUUGAUCAAGUUUUCUCAUCACGUACGUGCUGCUUAUGUGGUGUACUUCAUAUGAUUAUGUGAAUCUCAAUGUUUAUAAAUUGUAAUUAGUUACUAUUGUUACCGUCUACAAAUUAAAAUUGAUCCUUGUGCCA